AUGGCACCGGGAGGGCACCUAUGCCUCACUGUGUGUGUGCCGGGUGAAAAGCCAUACACGUGUACGUGGGAAGGGUGUACGUGGAAGUUCGCCCGGAGCGAUGAGUUGACCCGCCAUUACCGCAAACACACGGGUCAGAAGCCGUUCAAAUGCCAGUUGUGUCAGCGAUCGUUCUCCCGCUCCGACCACUUGUCCCUACAUAUGAAGAGACAUUAG